AAUUCGAAAAGUGAAGUCGAUUUUUAUGAUUUUUGCAAAAUUAUUUCAACGGCAACUGUUAUAACCAUGUCUUCAAAAAAGGGAGAUGUUAGAAAGAAAGGACAAAAGUAUCAGAACACRACAGCUUUUAAGAAUGAUUUACACGACACGAGUCGUACGACAAAGUUGAUCAAUAGUACAGCUGUUGCUGGUGUUUGUGCACGAUGCAAGGAAACAAUCGAAUGGAGAAAAAAAUUUAAAAAAUAUAAACCUCUUAAGGCUCCUAAAAAGUGCGUAAAAUGUGAACAGAAAACAAUCAAACAUGCUUAUCACACRUAUUGCACAAAAUGUGCUCAAGAAGGGGGCUUUUGUGAGAAGUGUGGUGAAGCCAAAGACAUCGUAGCACAACCUGAGCUUUCAUCACAAGAGAAGGCAGCACAAGAUAGUUCAGUACAGCAAGAACUUAAACUGUUAACUGARAGACAGAGAAGAACAUUUAUUAGACACUUAGAAAGAGGUGAUAAUGAAAAAGAAGCAAGCUUAAAUGCAAUGAAAGAGUAUCAUUCAGACGAAGAUGAUGUCAGUGAUGAUKCAAUCAGUGAUACAGAUAUGGACAAACAAUCAGAAAAAAGCUGACAAAGGAUUCAAGAUUCAAAUUUAAUAAUCAUUUUAGUUAUACUUUCUAAACCUGCUGAAAUACAAAAAGUGUUUAAAAUGGAUAAAACAUGAAAGAUAAAAUGGAAAAAAGAAAAGCCUAUUUUUAUGUGAAAAAGAAAAAAAAACAGCAUAUUUUUUCGAAAAAAUAGCGUAUGUAAUUAUCGUAGAAAAGACAAACUUGUCUGUGGUAACAAUUGCACAAAUUACGACUAAAUGGCAUUGAUUGGGYAAAAGAAACAAAGGAAUAUGCAUAAUUUAGUUCCUUUUUUCAUGCUGUUGAAAUGUGUUCCCCUGAUCCAYGUGUUGUUCCUUUGGUAUAAAACUUCUGAAUUUUCACAAACAAUUGCUCAAAAUCGCUUUGCGCAAAUACUCAGCUUAUUAAAAAUGCUCCAAUUCGAUAACAACAUCCUGAMGUAGUGCCAUGAAAGCAAAGAGUCGCUUCAAGAACUCCCCACCAGAGGCAAGGCUCAGCAUGAUAAC